AUGGCGGCUCCUGGUGACCUCCCGAGGGGAGGGCCCCCGGGUCAGGGUGACCUCCGGCAGCUCCCCGAGCUCAUCCGCCUGAAGCGCGAUGGCCAGCGCCUGAGCGAUGAGGACAUCCGAAGCUUCGUGCGCGCCGUGGUGGACGGGAGCGCGCAGGGCCCGCAGAUCGGCGCCAUGCUCAUGGCCAUCCGGCUGCAAGGCAUGGACAUGGAGGAGACGGAGGCGCUGACCCAGGCCCUGGCCAACUCCGGGCAGCAGCUGCAGUGGCCUGAGGCCUGGCGCCCACAGCUGGUGGACAAACACUCCACGGGGGGCGUGGGGGACAAAGUCAGUCUGGUCUUGGCACCUGCCCUGGCGGCCUGCGGCUGCAAGGUUCCAAUGAUCAGCGGCCGCGGCCUGGGGCACACGGGGGGCACCCUGGAUAAACUGGAGUCAAUCCCUGGGUUCACAGUCCUCCAGAGCCCGGAGAAGAUGCAAGAGCUGCUCGAACACGUGGGCUGUUGCAUCGUGGGCCAGAGCCAGCAGCUGGUCCCUGCAGACGGCCUCCUGUACGCGGCCAGAGACGUGACGGCCACCAUCGACAGCCUGCCACUCAUCACAGCCUCCAUCCUCAGCAAGAAAGUGGUGGAGAGGCUGUCGGCGCUGGUGGUGGACGUGAAGUUCGGAGGGGCCGCGUUCUUCCCCGACCAGGCCCAGGCCCGGGAGCUGGCGGAGACGCUGGUGGGCGUCGGGGCAGGCCUGGGGCUGCGGGUCGCGGCCGCGCUCACGGCCAUGGACAGUCCUCUGGGCCGCAGCGUGGGCAACGCCCUGGAGGUGCAAGAGGCGCUCCGGUGCCUGGACGGCGCGGGCCCGCCGGACCUGCGGGUCCUGGUCACGCAGCUCGGUGCCGCCCUGCUCUGGCUCAGCGGGCGGGCGGACACGCAGGACGCGGGCGCCGCGCAGGUGGCCGCCGCGCUGGACGACGGCUCGGCGCGGGCCCGCUUCGAGCGGAUGCUGGCGGGGCAGGGCGUGGAGCCGGGCCUGGCGCGCGCCCUGUGCGGGGGGACCCCCGAGCAGCGCCGGCAGCUGCUGCCCCGCGCCCGGCGGCAGGAGGAGCUGCGCGCGCCCAGGGACGGCACCGUGGAGCAGGUCCGGGCGCUGCCGCUGGCGCGCGUGCUGCACGAGCUGGGCGCGGGGCGCAGCCGCGCCGGGGAGCCGCUGCGGCCGGGGGUGGGCGCCGAGCUGCUGGUGGCCGUGGGCCGGCGAGUGAGCCGCGGGACGCCCUGGCUCCGCGUGCACCUGGACGCGCCCGCGCUCGGCGCCGCGCAGCGCCGCGCCCUGCAGGGGGCGCUCGUGCUCUCGGACCGCGCGCCCUUCGCCGCGCCCUCGCCCUUCGCCGAGCUGCUGCUGCCCCCGCCCGCGCCCGCGCCCGCGCGCCGCGCCGCGCUCCGAGCGCAAGCCCGGGCCGGGGCGGCGUGGGACGGGUGCGGAGCCGGCCGGGAGCGCCUGCGGGGACCCAGAGCCGGGCCUGCACCCGCGAGGGCCGGGGCAGCCGGCAGGCGAGGCGAGGCGAGGCUCCCGAAAGCGGGACCGGGCUCUGCAGACACUUGGCCGGCUGCGGGUCCCCGGCGUGGGGUUCCGCCCCCGGGCGCCGAGCUCCCUCGCAGGGUCGGGUCGCCGCCGGGCAUGGCCUGGGCGCUGCUGCCGCGGGCCUCCGCGCGCCUCCGCGGGCGGGGACUGUGCCGGCUCCCGCGGCCGGCCGCCUCCGCCUCCUUUUCCCGGGCCCUGGCCCUGGCCCUGUCCCGGCGGGGCCCCGCGGCCGCCGAGCCGGCCGCGCCGAGCCGGCCGGGAGGGCCGCGGGGCCCGGGGCUGCGCACGCGGCUGCUGGUCACGGCCCUGGCGGGCGCGGGGCUGGGCGGCGCGUGGCUGGCGCUGCGCGGCGAGAAGGAGCGGCGGCGCCGGGAGCUGCGCACCGAAGCCCUGCGCCAGGCCGCCGUGGGCCGCGGCGACUUCAGCCUGCUGGACCACCACGGCCGCCCGCGGCGCAAGGCCGACUUCCGCGGCCAGUGGGUGCUCAUGUACUUCGGCUUCACGCACUGCCCCGACAUCUGCCCCGACGAGCUGGAGAAGCUGGCGCAGGUGGUGCGGCGGCUGGAGGCCGAGCCGGGGCUGCCCGCCGUGCAGCCCCUCUUCGUCACCGUGGACCCCGAGCGGGACGACGCGGCCGCCCUGGCGCGCUACGUGCGGGACUUCCACCCGCGGCUGCUGGGGCUGACGGGCUCGGCCGAGCAGGUGGCCCAGGUGAGCCGCAGCUACCGCGUCUACUACAGCGCCGGCCCCAAGGACGAGGACCAGGACUACAUCGUGGACCACUCCAUCGCCAUCUACCUGCUCAACCCCGACGGCCUCUUCACGGACUACUACGGCCGCUCGCGCUCGGCCCAGCAGAUCGAGGACAGCGUGCGGGGCCACAUGGCCGCCUUCCGGAGCGUCCUGUCCGAGCCCGGUCAUUAAAGCAGGGACAGA